AUGAGCCAGGGCGUUUGGCAUUCGUCCACCGCCACCGCUCUUAACCCGGCUCCCCUGCAGACGUCGACUUUAGUCUCCAGCACCACUUCUCUGCCUGCCAACUCCACGAAGUCCAUGUUUGUGGCUGGUCGAGAUGAUUCCGUCAACACAGUAAGCCGAUUCUCUUAAGGAAAACACCUGAUGACAGAUGUCUCAGUGAUUUCCUAAUCAUCUUUAUUGGUUGCGAUGACGUAGUUGAAUUACAGGAAGAAUUUCAUCCUUUCGUCGAAGAGCUGCUGCCCUAUGUCAAGGACUUCAGCUUCGUUUGGUUCAAUCUUCAGGCCGCCAAACGGAAGUUCAUGAAGAGAUUUAAUCGACGAAUGAGUGUUGAGGAAGAGCGACGGACAAAAGAGCAGAUCUCGGUAAGUUUACACCUACCUGGCACCUUCUUUUUUUAGGCAGUUAGCGCUGACAUCAAGCAGAAAUGGGCUGGAAGAUUGCUGGGAAAAUUGAGAAAAGACAUCCAGCCUGACUGCCGAGAUCGCUUCGUGAGGUCGGUAGUGGGGAAAGAACCCUCAGUCUGUGUGUUUUCGAAUCCGGAUCAAAAAGGGAAGAUGAGACGGAUAGAUUGCCUCAGGCAGGCGGAUAAAGUGUGGCGUUUGGACCUGGUUAUGGUGGUGCUAUUCAAGGUACGUGUUGUCUUUUUGGUUGACGGAUACGGUGGGAAAGGGAUAUACUUUAUGAUAUCCGAAGACAAUGGAAUAAGUUUGCAGAUUUAGACAUCCGCAUUACAUGCACACUUCUUCGCACUCUCCAUUACACAUUUAUUUACUAAUCUUUUAGGGCAUUCCAUUGGAGAGCACAGACGGCGAGAGACUCGAAAAAUGUGCGAAUUGUGAAUCGCCUUCAUUGUGUGUGAACCCCUAUCACAUAAGUAUCGCGGUCAGAGAGUUGGAUCUGUUCCUUGCCAAUUACAUCUUCACCUCUAAUCCGGAUAAACCAGAGGAGUUGAAGCGCGGCGAAGAUGAGAUCGGGCUGAAUGAAGGAAUUUGGGGGACGGGGGUCUUCAGUGCGUACGAGUUGAGGGGCCUAAUAAAACGUAAGAAGUCUCCGCAACAUAAUGAAUGUGUUCAGCGUCAAUUCUUCAUGGAAUGGACGGAGUCAUCUUACCCAAUUGUUUGUCGGGAUCAGUGUCUCGAGAAGACUUUGGCGAUUCGAAUUUAAGUUGGAUCUCUCCAAUCGGGGAGACUCCUCCUCCAAGUGCCUUAGGGAAGAAAAGUUUGACAAUGGAAAAAGACGAGGACUCUCCGCCCAGCAAGAAAUCCCGGAUAACGUCGGGAUCUAGUUCAGCAAGCCGAAAAAGCAUAGAACUGCUCAAUGAUGGUAUGUUUAGUAUGCAAAGGUUAUACUUAUGAUUUUUAGAUAUGAAAAUGGAUAAUGGAGAUAAAUUGGGAUUACUAUUAAAGUCGGCCGAAGAAGGAUUGUCUCCUAUCAUGAGGUCCCAACGUUCUGCCAGCAAGCCGGAAGAGGACACGGAAGACAACAAAGGAGAAUUAAGUGUUGCCGUCGGGAAUAACUUAUUGAAUCAUACGGUAAAAACCAUUUCGGAGGAUAUCAUUGAUGACAUUAAAGUCAAUUGUAGUGAAAAUUAUUCCGUUUCAGCAAAGCGUAAUAAGAAAUAACACUUACCCCACAACAAUGAUGUCCCCCGUUCAAUUCCUCGGCGCCAUAAACACCCAAUCCAACAAUCUGAUUAUGGACCAAGCGGCUUUGGUACACUCGAUGAUACAAAAACAAAACCAAAAGACACGUGAGUAGAGAGGAAAAGACCGUAUUCCUGGUUUAGUCUCCUCCCAAUUCCUGCAAUACUUGAAUGAGAACAAUUCCCCUGCUCUGAUGCAUAAUCAGCCGCCGUUUACAGCAUCUUCGGUGCUCCAAGCUGUCGCAGCCAGUUCGAAAGUAUCACCUACCACAACGUAAGUGAGGAUAUACACAUCCAUAUGACUGUAAUAGGGAUUCCCAAAGCCUCCAGAAUCUUCUGACCUUAUCCUUGACGUCUAUUCAAGAUCCGCUCCAUUCAUCCAGCCGAGCCUUAAACUCUUCCAAUUCGGUAAGUGCAUCGUAUGUCGAGUGUAAAGGUUUCAGAUAUAA